AACGAGGGGCAGAGUCAUAGCGGGCUUCUGCCUCUGCCGUUUGGAGGGAUCCGUGAAAUAAAAAACCCGCUCAGUCUGAGAAAAAUGAAGCUUUAGCAGCCUCCGGGGAGAUUGACGAAUGGGAGUUUUGUUGGGGGACCGAUGGUGACCCGGACGACUUUGCCGUAUUAUUUAUAUCUCGAAGUUCGCGGUGGUUUUCAUCAUGGAAGCGUGUGCAGUGAGGCGCCCUGCCCGUGUGCUCUCGGUGCUCGUCCUGUCUCUCUUGAAAGUAACGAUUGCUGGAAGUUUCGCGCCGAACACCGACAGCUCGGUCACGGAGGGAACUUACUUCACUUUUUCGGGCACGACUGACUCUGAAGAUACAACUGGUUUGCUGAGGACACUGACGGCUUCUACAGUGGAGUUCACUUCUGCUGGGUUUGAACACUUCUCCACAGCAAAACUCUCGGAAACCCACCCUGGCUUCACGGAGAGGGAAGCCAGAACUGCCACGGAUCAGAACACUUUCUCUACGGAUAUGGAGAGCUGGACAUCGCAUAGCGGUCCAGAAGUGUCCACAGAGCUGCUGAGCUCCAGCACUGAGCUCAGCAAUACCACAGCCACUGAGUGGGGAGCUCCACCCACAGUAGCCAACAUAACUGAUGCCUAUAUAGAUUUAGCAACGAAAGACCAGCCUGCAACUGAGGCCAGGACUGUGAGAGACCUCACUGUGACGGUGCUUACGGAAAAAGACAUCACAGAUAUGGACACUACAGAGUCCAUUUCACAUACUGACAGCACCUACAUAUCCACCACCAUCAACCGUGCUGGGGAGCGCACUCUGCUGUCUGUCACGUCCAACAGCACUACUCCGUACACAGAGGAGUCCAUCUCUUCUGAGGCAGCUCCACAAACGGAUACCUCAGAGGUAAAGACAGGGACCACUCAAGGUGGGGACUACACUGAGGGUGCCUUGUCUACUGAGGCUGACCAUACCAGGGCAACAUCUGAGGAUCAGCCGACCACGAACGCUACCCAAGUGACUGUCUCUGAGCCUGAGGUUCCCCAUGUCUCUCAGGGCACCCAGUCUCAGACAGGACAGCCCAACGUCACAGAGAUGACUACCGACAACAUCAGCCACAACUCCACUCAGCCUGCCACAGUGGUCAACAGCUCUGAGACUGAGACAGACACUAUAGCAGAUUCAUCCACCAGCGAGACAUCCUACACAGACCGAAGUGCUUCUGCACCGUCUGUCACACCUUUCAUGUCCACAGAAGACAGUCGGACAAAUAUGUCCCACCAGGACAUUGAAACUAUGACCACUGAGACUCCUGCAAGGUCUGUGAGCACUGUGGUAGACAAGAAGUCGGAUGGUCCUCAGACUCACAAGGAUGAAACCACUAUUCUAGGCCUGACCACUGCCCUCCCCUCACUGACCACUGUGGAUGACUCCCUCUCAAGCCAGCAACCCUUUGUCUCCCAAACCCACCAUACACCAGAGGCCACAGAAGUGUUGACCACAGCUGCAGGACCAGUGACCCAGAGGCCACAACAUACAGAGGAGGACACGCGUGUGGCUAGCACUCUUGCUAGCACUGUCCCUACUACUGUCAUUACUACCACGCUAGCUAGCACUAGCACUAGCACCAGCACGUCAACUCCAUUCACAACACAUCAGCUCCAACCCAGCACCACUGCUAAACCACACACGCCCCACGUGACACUUUCUCCUAUGGAGACAACUCAGGUGCUGACCACGGCCACCACAGAGCAGCACCGGCCCACCUCCCAAACAGUCACGCCAUCUCUGACUCCCAGCUCAUCCCAACCCGAAGAUAUUUCUACUGAUGUAAGCACACUGCACCUAGAGACCAGCACGGCUACACCGGGCAACACCACUGCGCACGGCAGGCACACCACUGCCUCCUACAGUACAAGUGCCCCUACCAGGAGCACUGCUGUAGUGACCACAGGAAAGCACACUGAAAGAAGCUCCACGCAGAAGGAGGCCACAACCACGCAGGUUCCUGUGAAGUCCACUACAACUCCUGAUCACAUAUGUGGGCCUAAGACUUGUGCGAAUGGAGGCAGGUGUGUCCAAGGCCACAAGUGCGAGUGUCUGCCCGCCUGGACAGGAGCCAAUUGCACUGAGGAUGUGGACGAGUGUGUGACUAAUCCGUGCCCUAAAGACUCGAAGUGUGUGAACACCAGGGGCUCAUUCACCUGUAAGUGUGCCCUUGGCUACGACCUGGAGGAUGGCCGCAGCUGCACACAAGCAAAGACGUUUCUUGGGACAUUCAGCGUGAACAGCUCUUCGCACCUCAGGAGCGCUGGUCUGCAUGAGCUACACAAGGAGAUCUUACAGCUGUUGGAAGCCGCCCUCUCUGUUCUGCAUGGUUAUAGACGUUCUACUCUAGACGAUACAGGGGGAUGGAAUAUCUCUGCUCGGAACAUGUUCUCCAUGUCUGCAAAUGUGACCAGCUCUGAGGUCUACAGCAGAAUCCAGACAUUUCUGAGAAACUGCAGCAAGCCACACUCUCGCUGCACCCUCAAGCUUCGGCACCAACUCACUUAUCAAGGGGAGAGUCUGUGCCUGUCCAAAUACAAUAAGUGUGACACACAGUCUUCUGUGUGCAAUGAUACAAACGGGACUCUAUUCUGCCAGUGCCUUGAAGGCUUUUUCAAAAAGAACCCAGAGGACACCACCUGCAGAGACUGUGGUGAUGGUUUCGCACUGGUUAAUGAAACUUGUGUGGAAUGUACAUUUGGAUUUGGAGGUUUCAACUGCAAUAACUUUUAUGGGCUGAUAGCGAAGGUGGUGUCUCCUGCUGCUGGGGGGUUGCUGCUCAUCAUUAUCAUCGCUCUCAUAGUCGCAUGCUGCAGAAAAGACAAGAAUGACAUCAACAAAAUCAUCUUUAAAAGUGGGGACCUUCAGAUGUCUCCAUAUGCAGAGUUUCCCAAGAGCAGCCGUGUGUCUAUGGAGUGGGGCAGAGAGACCAUUGAGAUGCAAGAAAAUGGCAGCACUAAGAAUCUCCUGCAGAUGACAGAUAUCUAUUAUUCACCGGCUCUGCGAAAUGCAGAUCUGGAGAGGAAUGGGCUUUACCCAUUCUCCGGCCUCCCUGGUUCCCGCCACUCCUGCAUCUAUCCAGCACAGUGGAACCCGUCAUUCAUCAGUGAUGACUCGCGACGGAGGGACUAUUUCUGACCCCCGAACUCCGAAGAACUGCCUCAGACUGGGGCAUGAGGCCUCUUGCGGGGUAUGCAGUAAUGGCUGCAUAGCAAGAUGUUGUGAUGCUGACCAUAGAGCUGGACAACACUGAUCACUAAAAGGCCUUUGAAUGUGAAAAUGAGCUGGCAUGAAAAUGAGCUGGCAGGAAAGGACAAUUAUCUGAGUUGGACUGGAGGAAAGCCAUAGAGUUCUGAUCAGGUCCGUUUGGCAUUCACCUGUAGCACGCCUCAGUGAGACUUCAGGUUGUGGUUGUGUUCACUAGUCGAACUUUUGACAUUUCACGUUUUUUCAUCUAAAUGGAUUUUCUAUUCACUCCUUAGAGCUGUGAAACAUACGUGGGGGAAUAACACAUAAUAUAAAUGCAAAUAUUAGCAAAUAUUUUGCACUGCAGACUCUUCACACAGAUGUUUUAUCUCAAAUGGAAUAAGCCAUAAAUGUAACAUAUUUAUAUGUGUGGAUUGAUGCACAUACUAGAUUGUGUAAAUGUGUGUUUAGGUGUGUAUGUAUGUGUGUGUGCAUGUCUGCAUGUGCAUCAAAACGCUGAUGUUGUACAAGUUCUUUGUUUGUUAGUUCUGUGGACACGAGAGGUGAACAGUAUUUGUAGAAACUCUAUGUAAGCUGUAAAGCUUUUUUAAAUCGAAUAUUGCUGUAGAUCAUGAUAUCAGCAUAUGUAGCAGGACAAAGCCGGUCAUUAUGUUACUAUUUACUUAAAGGUGUGUUCGUCAAUUUUGGCAAAAAUUAGCUGAAGCUUGAAUGCUCUCCCCACCGCGACCCAGAAGGAUAAGCGGUUUAGAUGAUGGAUGGAUGAAUGCUCUCCAAUUCUUCCCCCCAAAACAUGUGCACCCAUGCUUCCUAGGCCUUAAGACCGUCAAAAAUCGACUGUCACAUAUAAAAUAACACUGACACGACUAAGUAAGGGAGCUAGCUGCCUGAUGUUACCCUUGCUUUAGGUCCUGGUAUGUGAGACAAUUACCUGUCUAGCAGAUAUAGAGCAAGGAUGGCAUCACUGUUAACUAGAGGUACACAAUGGUAUUGGAAUCAUAUUGGUAUUGGCAGAUAGUUGCUUGAAAGAUUAUCAGCAUCGGACAGAUGUUCAGAUAUGAUCAGUAUUUGCUGAUGUAUUAUUGUACAUCAUAAGAGCAGCACAUUUAGGUGAUGCUAGGCUGUGGUGCCAAAAUACCUGCAUUGUAUUCAUUUUACUGUAUUUGUAACCUCUCUAUAAUGCUAAUUUAUGUAGUUGAAGGCCCAGUUUCUUCAUUUUAUAAGUAUUUGUGUAUCGGCAUCAGCAAUGUCACAUAUUUCUGUGAAAAAUAUCGGAUAUUGGCAUCCACUCACAAUUCCCAUAUUGGUGAAUCCUUACAAUUGACUUAACUUUUAAGCUAGUGAUCAUUUUUAGAUGAACUAAGCAUUGCAUGGGACUACGGCUCCCCAGUGUGUGCUGGGUGGACACCUAACCUGAUUCUCACACCUUUUGUCCUGAUUGUUUGAAUGUUGUGUGUUCCACUUCACUCAUUUUUUCUCCUGUUUACAGAGCCUGGGGAAGCUACAGAGACUGGAUUUUUCCUCUGAGCAUAUGUUUUAUUGACAAAGCAAUGGAAUUUCUCCAAAUAUUACAAAAACGUUCCGGGCAAAAAUUGAUGAUCCCACAUUUAAGGACCUUCAAUGAACAGAAAUGCACUUGGUGCUACUUCUUUACAUAAUGCAGUAAAUAGCACUGCAGUAGUGAUAAGUAAGGAACAGUUUUGCCUGUUUUAUGUAAUUUAUUCAACUAACUUAAUGUCAUUUUCGGACACAUGCAAUUCAAUCUGUGUAAUUACCAUCACCACUGUGUGUGUGUGUGUGUGUGUGAGUGUGAGAGAGAGAGAGAGAGAAAGAGAGGGAGAAAGAACGGUAUUGGCCUGAUUUUGUGCCAACUACUUGUUAACUCCUGCAUGUGUGGUUAGAUGUACUAUAUUUCUGUCAGCAGCUUACUGCCCUUUAAUAUCAGAGGUAUCCUUUUACACAUACCAGCAAUUUUUCCCUCUCCUGUGGAUGGUCACUUAAAUCUGGCGUUGUAGUCAGACGUAUUUAAAUAAAGAAGCAGUGAUGUUUAA